GCAGGGAGAGAGAGAACGCGAGGGAGGGAGGGAGGAAGGGAGGAGAAAGGGAGAGGGAAGGGAAAGAGAGAGAGAGAGACAGAGAAAGAGAGAGGGAAGCAAGCAAGCAGACCGCAGACAUCCGGGCCCUUUCUGUGCAUUCCAGUCCCCAUAGCCCUGCAGAAACUCCGGUCGGUACCGCAGCCGUGAGACCCGGACCGUGGCACAAGCCCGGCACGGUCGCGCUGGUGCCGCUGUUCCUGGAUACUGACAGAAGCAGUGGCAGCGGCUAGAGGGGAGGAGGAGCAGGAGCAGCAGCAGCAGCAGCAGUAGCUGCCUGCCUGCCUUGCCUGUCGCGUCUACUGCUCCAAAGCCCAGAGCCGGUGCCACGAGACUGACAGCGGCGCAGCGUGAGCGCUUUCACAGCUGGCUUGGUUCCGCCGCCGCCGCUGGAUUCUGACAGCGGUGACAGCGGCGGUAGCAGCCCCAGAAGGGACAGCGUGCUGCAAAGUCCAGCGAGGAGGGAACCUGGCUGGAGGAGGCUUUUCAGCCACGGAAAGGUCCCUGCAGACAUGGCUGUGAAUCGGGAACACUUGGGGAAAUGUCUGUCUUUGUGACAUCCUGAGUAAAUGCACCAGCUAGAGAAGAAGGAAGAGAGAGGAAGCUCCAGACUGGGACAUACUAGAAGAGAUUUUGCAGCUUUUCUUGCCUCAGAGUCCUGGAGAUGUUCUGUGCCACUGGCAAAACUGAAGGGAGAUUGAUGUUUCCAGCCCCUGAUGAAAUGAACAGAGUGUAAUGACAGGAAAUGAUCAGGUUCGCUAAGGAACUGUGGGUCUGAAAUUUGAGACUAAGACCAGGUUGCUUUCAACGUGCUCAAAUGAUGAAAAACAAGGCAAGUACACUGGGCAAAGGACAGCUCAAGAGACAGAUGCCUUCAUUGUGAUGGGGGGCUCUAGAUGAGAACAUGGCCAAUGGCAUUGAUGAACUGAUUGGUAUUCCCUUCCCCAACCACAGCAGUGAAGUCCUGUGUAGUCUGAAUGAACAGCGGCAUGACGGAUUGCUCUGUGAUGUCCUGCUGGUGGUCCAGGAGCAGGAGUACCGGACCCAUCGGUCAGUCCUAGCUGCCUGUAGCAAGUACUUCAAGAAGCUCUUCACAGCAGGUACUUUAGCUGACCAGCCUUAUGUCUAUGAGAUUGACUUUGUCCAGCCAGAGGCACUGGCUGCCAUCCUGGAGUUUGCCUACACAUCCACCCUCACGAUCACAGCCUCCAAUGUAAAACACAUCCUGAAUGCUGCUAAAAUGCUGGAGAUUCAGUGCAUUGUUAACGUGUGCCUGGAGAUCAUGGAGCCUGGAGGGGACGGGGAAGAGGAGGAUGACAAAGAAGAUGAUGAUGAUGAGGAUGAGGAGGAUGAGGAGGAGGAUGAGGAGGAAGAAGAUGAAGAUGAUGAGGAUGAGGAUGAUGAGGCAGAGGACUUUGCCGACCAGGAAAAUCUGCCUGAUGCCCAGGAUAUCAGCUGCCACCAAAGCCCUUCUAGGACAGACCACCUCACAGAGAAGGCCUAUGCAGAUACCCCCAGGGACUUUUCCAACCCUUUCCAGGCUAAUGGCAGCCCUGGUCAUCUAGGGGUCAUUCGUGACUUUUCCAUUGAGUCUUUACUGAGAGAAAACCUCUACCCCAAAGCCAACAUCCCUGACAGAAGGCCUGCCUUAUCACCCUUUUCCCCAGGCUUCUUUCCGCACCUCUGGCCUGGAGAUUUUGGUGCCUUUGCCCAGCUGCCUGAACAGCCCAUGGACAAUGGACCCCUAGACCUGGUCAUCAAAAAACGAAAGAUCAAGGAAGAGAAGAAGGAGGAGCUCCCGCCGCCACCACCACCCCCCUUCCCUGGUGACUUUUUCAAGGAUGUGUUUGCUGACCUCCCUGGGGGACCCCUGGGACCCAUAAAGGCUGAGACCGACUAUGGCACCUAUCUCAACUUCCUGAGUGCCACUCACCUAGGCAGCAUCUUUCCGCCAUGGCCGCUGGCAGAGGAACGGAAGCUAAAGCCCAAGGCAUCCCAGCAGUGCCCCAUCUGCCAUAAGAUCAUCAUGGGGGCAGGGAAGCUGCCACGGCACAUGAGGACGCACACAGGGGAGAAGCCGUAUAUGUGUAACAUCUGUGAGGUUCGAUUCACCAGGCAGGACAAGCUGAAAAUCCACAUGAGGAAGCACACAGGUGAGCGGCCUUACCUGUGCAUCCACUGCAAUGCCAAGUUUGUGCACAACUAUGACCUCAAAAACCAUAUGCGCAUUCACACAGGUGUCCGGCCCUACCAGUGUGAGUUCUGCUACAAGAGUUUCACCCGCUCAGACCACCUUCACCGCCACAUCAAGCGUCAGAGCUGCCGGAUAUCCCGGCCCCGCCGAGGCCGCAAGCCUGCCGCGUGGAGGGCGGCCAGCCUUCUCUUUGGCCCCACCCCCCCGACGGAGGAAAAGGCCUUCAUGAUGCCCCCCACCCUAGGGGAGAUUGGUGGCCACCUUGGCGGGGCAGCCGUGUGCCUGCCGGGCCCCAGUCCCCCCAAACACUAUCUGGGGGCCCCGAAGGGAACCCUCAGCCUGCAGGAGCUGGAACGACAGUUUGAAGAGACACAGAUGAAGCUGUUUGGGAGGGCACAGCUGGAGGCAGAGAGGAAUGCGGGGGGCCUCUUUGCCUUCGCCUUGGCAGAGAACAUGGCUUCCCGACCCUACUUCCCUCUCCCAGACCCGUGGAGUGCUGGGCUUGCCGGGCUCACAGGGCUGGCAGGACUCAACCACAUGGCCUCUAUGUCAGAAGCAAACAAUUAGCCCUAACUUUGGUCAUGCCCGUCUGUCUCCUGCUCCUCUUCCAUACCAAGACUCCCUAUGGCCCUCUCCCUCCCCUUCUCCCUUGCCCCAAGACAGGUUUUGUAAGUUCUCUACAUUUUAUUUUAGAAAAAGAGAAAAAAAAAAGAAUAGUAGCAAAGCCACACAACCCAGGCCUCCUUGGGCAGCAGCCACCAAUUUUCUCACUUCAAAGAAGAGAAAUAACCUUCGAAGGGAAAUAGCUAUUCACAACUGGACACAAAAACCUAAGCAGACCUGGGCCCUCGCUUCUUUCAUCGUUCUUCCCCAUCACAGAAGCCGGGGAGGAAACAUUUUCUCAGUACAGAGUUGUAGCAGUAGCUAGAUGGAGGUCAAUUUGUCAAGGAAGGCCAGGAAGUAAGCAGGAAGGGGCAGGUAGGGGGCAUUCAGGGCCUGCAGAACCUGGGGAACCUCUGCUCUCUAGACCCCUUUAGUUCUUCAAUGGUAUGCUUCAGACAGAGGCUACCAUGUCAGUACCAAUGCAGAUUCCACAGUCCCAAAUGGGUUCCUAAGAGCUCCCCUUUAACUUACAUGAAGGGAAAUGUCCCUUCCUAUUUUGGAAGGAUAAUGGCAUCCAAAGGAAGAGAACUCUGGAGAGAGAGGGCAUAGGCCUGCUGGAUUCUGCUCCUCUACUGACUGGCUAUAUGACCUUGGGCAGGUUAUUUCCCUGCUCUGUGCCUCAGUUUCUCCCAUCUGCAUAAGGGCCCUCCCAUACCUACCUCUCAAAGGAAGUUGAGAGGAUUAUUUAGGGACUCUCUGGGAGGUGCUCUGAACUCCUAGGAGAAAGGCCAGGAGAAAUUUGGGCUUAUUGUUUUUUGUGUUCCCUUAUAAAUUCCCAUCCCCCAUGGGAACAAAACGAGGUCCACAUCAGGAGAAGACCAUGGAAGAAGGGAACCACACUGCUCCUCUUCUGACUCCUCAGACCUGAGAGUGACUUUUAGGGGCUCAGAAGAUUUUUUUUCUGUCAUUAGUAGAUCCUUCCUUUUCAAAGGAAGCACCUUUAAAAAGAAUCCAGUAAACCCUUUCUCAGUGAUUUUCCAAGACCUGGGACCUAUUUCUUCUGUGAUGGUUCGAUGGCUCUUGGGGAGCCAGCAGUGCUCACCUGGAAGGUGGUCAGCUGGACAGCUGUUUAUUUUAAAACCCAACACUGCCUCUCUUCUACUGCUGCUCCCUCCCCGAAGGUUCCUGAAAACUGUGCUCACGUGACUCCUGCUGAUGCAGGGGUUGAUUUUAUCGUUUUGUUGUCCAGGGGUUUGGAGCUUCUUCCUCCCCAGCUGCCUAACCUUUGUUCAUUUCUGUUCAUUUGAGCACCUCAGUAAAAGGUUGGAUGGGAAAUUCAAAGAACUGAAUGCCCAGACCUCUGUGUCUUGCUCCUUGUAGGAAGCUCUGGUACCAGACAUGGCGGGGAGAAGGUUACAGUGAUCAGUUAAAAAAAAAAAUGUGUGUUUGAGCUUCUCUGUGGACUUUGAUUGGCCACAGCACUCAGACCAUAUUCCCUGGGGACCAGGGAUAUUGGGAGCUGGCUGCACAGCUCUGGGCCAUUCAGAUCUGAACCUAAGGAGAGACUGAAAAUGAAGAAGGCUCCACCUGCCAGGUGCCUUCCAGUUCUGCUGUUCUGCCUUCCCUGAGAACUGAUUGGUUUCUAUAAACGUGCUAGAGAAGUAAUCCACUGGGAGAGGAUCUUGGGAGCAGGGAUAGGCCUGGCCUGACAGAGACUGAGAUGUCAUGAGAUUUCCCUUGCCCUAGGCCCACUGAGUGGUUCAACAGAAAGGAACUCCUCACCCCCCCCAUCCCCACUCACCAACACACACACACACACACACACACACACACACACACACACUCUUACACGUUUUAGUUUUCCCUUGGGAGCUGAUGCUAAAUGGCCCCAGAAGACCACAGACUCCAUCACACUCAAAACUCACCUCUCGGACUCUGCUGGGCCCCAGCAUCAGCCUAACCUUAUCCUAGUUCUAUGCCUUCCACUCCUUACACCACACAAGUGACUGUACAGCUUUCCUGUUUCCUCCAACUUGCUCUUGAAGUUUAGAAGUCGCCUGCCUGGGAAGAAGGCUUCUUAGCCCCCUACCGCCAUUUCAGACACUGGCCUCCUACCAGCCAAACCUUCCCCCAACCCUAGGGGCAGCCAAGGGAUGGAGGGCAAACCAAACCAUUUUUUUUUUAAGAGCAAAAAAAAAAAAAGACUACCAAACAGAAUCUAAUGAAUUGGAGCUUUUUGUUUUGUUUUGUCUUUUUGCAGAUGUGUGAUGACUUCUUCUACACUCAAUGUUUUCAGAUGACUAGUUACUUCAGGUGUUUUUUGUCUACAAUUUGGAAUCAUUGUAAAGCGUCCAAAGAUGUUGAGUACUGUACAUCAACAGGAACUUGAAGCAAAUGGGUGGGGUGGUUUUGUUUGUUUAUUUGUUCUACUUUUGUUUAUAAAUUGGUUUUGUUUUUCAUUUCCAUUUCUCUGUCUGUCUGUGGGAGAAUCUUUGGAAUUUUUCUAUUUAUAGCUCUUUUUUAUGUGAUUGCUCUAUGUACAUUGACACUCAAACAAUGUUUGCCUUAGUGAUUAAAGGGACAAUCUUCCAUAACUUUGGUGGCACGCGGCAUCCUGCCGAGACAAACUCUCAGCUGAUUCUCUGGCCUAUUUAUUAAACAGUAUUAAUUGAUGACUC